AUGGCUAAUGGAGACAGAGCAGAAUGGGACUGCACUAUGUUAUUUUAUGCCAUCCUGUUCUCUGAUUCUAUUCAUGGACUAAGUCCACUGAUUAGAACCCACGUUGAUGAUCUCAGAAAGUUUCGAAAUAAAGACUUCGCUCACAUGACAGAGGGUCAGCUCUCAAAUAUAGACUUCAGCAUCACUGUUGGAAAAGUUGAGACAGCAUUUAAAGCCCUUGGCCUGUCUACUGAUGACAUCCAAACUGUAAGUAAGCAGAAAAGUUUUCCAACCGAUGAGUUGCAAAAUGUGAAGACAAGCAAUCAGAAACUUACUCAAGACCUUCAGACCAAAAAUACGGAACUUCAAGACAAAGCUAUUGAAUUAGAGAAGAAAACAACAGAGCUUUUGCAGAAAGAUGUUGAACUUCAGGAAAAAAAAGGCAAGUUACUUGAAAGGCAUACCGAACUUCAAGAGAAGGAAGCAGAGCUUCAAGAGAACAAAGACAGGUUAAAAACUACAGAAGAACAGCGCAAGGUCUUUGAAGAGCAACUUCAGCGCGAGGUGGAGCCAUUUUGCGUCCUUCCACCCAGACCUCCCCAUAUGAUCGCAAGUCGCGACUCUGACGUUGCUAGAGUGUCACAGAAGCUCACUACCUUAAGGAAGGCUAACGUGAACAGUUUAAGCUUUUGUUAUAUUUCAGGCAAUCUCGGAAGUGGCAAAUCCCAGCUGGCUGGACUGGUUGCUGAGAAUUUCUACAAAGAAGCCCGAAAAGACACGAGUGCUCCUUCAUUUGUUAUGACUUUAAAUGCUGAAAACUUAGAAUCGCUUUUAGAAUCAUACUUUUCACUGGCAAGAAAGGUAAGCUGUCCCGCGUACACUAUAACGUCCACUGAAAACUCCAAGGAUUUAAAUGCUGAACAGAAAAUAGCCAUUAUCAAAGAUUUAAUUGCGACAAAAAUUCACCUAUACUCAUUUUGGCUCUUGGUGAUUGACAACGUCACAAAUCUCGCAAGAAUGGGUCAGUUUUUUCCUGAGCGUGGGAAUGAGCAGUGGGGCAAAGGCCAGCUGCUUAUCACAACGCAGGAUUGCUCCUGUAUCCCACCUGAGAGUCCAAUCACAUCUCACCUUUCUAUAAGCGAAGGCAUGAUUUACACUGACGUUGCCAACCUUCUAUUCGAGCUCACUGGAAUCACAGACGAUGGUAUGGGAAAAAAGGUAGCACACGUUUUGGAUUACCAGCCACUUGCACUAGCCAGUGCGGGAGUGUACGUGAGAAAGGUACGUAAUACCAAUCUAGACUUUGGCUGGGAGGAGUACUUACAAAAACUAGAAAAAGGAAAGCGUGAACGUACUGAAGAAGAACUUACCAAAGUAAACAAUAUCUACCCGGAGUCUAUGACAGAAGCGACUAGGAUAGCCGUUAAAGCAGAAAUUGAUUCUAAUAGAAUAAUGAAGCAUGCUUUUACCUUCCUUGCUCUUUGUGCACCAGAGCCAGUCAAACUACACUUGUUGACAACUUACGUUGUAAAUGCUGAUGGAGAGUCGGAUGAAGAGCAAAUAGGCAUUCAGAUCCAAGGUUCCUCCUUGCUGUUAAUCGACAAAGACGAUGAUGUCAACAUUCGUUUGCAUAACGUAGUACACAAUAUUGUCAAGAGUUUAGUAAAAGAACAAAUGCAAGCUGAUGAACAGGUCCGAGUUGUUUGUGUUGCGGUGGAGUCAUUUAGUAAAUAUAUAAACGAAGCAAUACCAAAGAUCCUGCAAAGUGCUGAUUCUGUGUCUGUAAGUAGGCAUAUUGUUCCACACUUGAAAACUCUAGCUGCCGAAAUUAAAAAGGUUUCCUUUAGUACAGAGAAAUUUAUCAAACCCACUUUUGAAGAUUUUUGUAUAACUGUGCAUGACUUUCACGUGCUUGGUUAUGUUUGCUAUCGCCAUGGUGAGUACCUAUCAGAAUUGGACUACUUCAAUGUAGCUUUAAAACUCAGCGAACACAAAAAAAACAAGACAGUGCCUGAUCACUUAGAAGAGGCGGAAAUUAUCCGUAACAUGGCUUCUACAUAUCACAACAUGGGUGACCAUCAACAGGCCAAGGGGUUUUAUGAACGUGCCUUGUCAAUUGAAUUGAAUAAGCUUGGACCCGACCAUGUUGACGUCGCGAGUACGUACCAUAACAUGGGUACCCUACAUCACGAUUUGGGUGAGCAUCAACAGGCCAAGGAGUAUUAUGAACGUGCCUUGGCCAUACAAUUGACUAAGCUGGGACCCGACCAUGUUGACGUCUUGAGGACGUACCAUGACAUGUGUAACCUACAUAAGGACUUGGGUGACCAUCAACAGGCCAAGGAGUAUUAUGAACGUGCCCUGUCAGUACAACUAAAUAAGCUUGGACCGGACCAUGUUGACGUCGCGAGUACGUACUAUAACAUGGGUAACCUACAUACGACCUUGGGUGAACAUCAACAGGCCAAGGAGUAUUAUGAACGUGCCUUGGCCAUACAAUUGAAUAAGCUGGGAUCCGACCAUGUUGACGUCUUGAGGACGUACCAUGUCAUGUGAAACCUACAUAAGGACUUGGGUGACCAUCAACAGGCCAACGGGUAUUAUGAACGUGCCCUGUCAGUACAACUAAAUAAGCUUGGACCCGACCAUGUUGACGUCGCGAGUACGUACUAUAACAUGGGUAACCUACAUAAGACCUUGGGUGAACAUCAACAGGCCAAGGAGUAUUAUGAACGUGCCUUGGCCAUACAAUUGAAUGAGCUUGGACCCGACCAUGUUGACGUCGCGCCUAAGUACCAUAACAUGGGUAACCUACAUAAGGACUUGGGUGACCAUCAACAGGCCAAGGAGUAUUAUGAACGUGCCUUGUCCAUACGAUUGAAUAAGCUUGGACCCGACCAUGUUGACGUCGCGAGUACGUACCAUGACAUGGGUAACCUACAUCACGACUUCGGUGAGCAUCAACAGGCCAAGGAGUAUCAUAAACGUGCUUUGUCCAUACCAUUGAAUAAGCUUGGACCCGACCAUGUUUACGUCGCGAGUACGUACCAAAACAUGGGUAACCUACAUAUGAACAUAGGUGAGCAUCAACAGGCCAAGGAGUAUUAUGAACGUGCCGUGUCCAUACAAUUGAAUAAGCUUGGACCCGACCAUGUUGACGUCGCGAGGAUGUACUAUAACAUGGGUAACCUACAUAAGAACUUGGGUGACCAUCAACAGGCCAAGGAGUAUUAUGAACGUGCCUUGUCCAUUGAUUUGAAUAAGCUUGGACCCGACCAUGUUAACGUCGCGAGUACGUACCAUAACAUGGGUAACCUACAUAAGACCUUGGGUGAACAUCAACAGGCCAAGGAGUAUUAUGAACGUGCCCUGUCCAUACAAUUGAAUAAGCUUGGACUCGACCAUGUUGACGUCGCAAGGACGUACCAUAACAUGGGUACCCUACAUCACGACUUGGGUGAGCAUCAACGGGCCAAGGAGUAUUAUGAACGUGCCCUGUCCAUACAACAGCUUGGACCCCACCAUGCUGACGUCGCAAGGACAUACCAUACCAUGGGUAACCUACAUAAGGACUUGGGUGACCAUCAACAGGCCAAGGAGUAUUAUGAACGUGCCUUGUCCAUACAACUGAAUAAGCUUGGACCCGACCAUGUUGACGUCGCAAGGACGUACCAUAACAUGGGUAACCUACAUAAGGACUUGGGUGACCAUCAACAGGCCAAGGAGUAUUAUGAACGUGCCUUGUCCAUACAAUUGAAUAAGCUUGGACCCGACCAUGUUGACGUCGCGAGGAUGUACUAUAACAUGGGUAACCUACAUCAGGACUUGGGUGACCAUCAACAGGCCAAGGAGUAUUAUGAACGUGCCUUGGCCAUACAAUUGAAUAAGCUUGGACCCGACCAUGUUGACGUCGCGCCUAAGUACCAUAACAUGGGUAACCUACAUAAGGACUUGGGUGACCAUCAACAGGCCAAGGAGUAUUAUGAACGUGCCUUGUCCGUACGAUUGAAUAAGCUUGGACCCGACCAUGUUGACGUCGCGAGUACGUACCAUGACAUGGGUAACCUACAUCACGACUUCGGUGAGCAUCAACAGGCCAAGGAGUAUCAUAAACGUGCUUUGUCCAUACAAUUGAAUAAGCUUGGACCCGACCAUGUUUACGUCGCGAGUACGUACCAAAACAUGGGUAACCUACAUAUGAACAUAGGUGAGCAUCAACAGGCCAAGGAGUAUUAUGAACGUGCCUUGUCCAUACAAUUGAAUAAGCUUGGACCCGACCAUGUUGACGUCGAGAGGAUGUACUAUAACAUGGGUAACCUACAUAAGAACUUGGGUGACCAUCAACAGGCCAAGGAGUAUUAUGAACGUGCCUUGUCCAUUGAUUUGAAUAAGCUUGGACCCGACCAUGUUAACGUCGCGAGUACGUACCAUAACAUGGGUAACCUACAUAAGACCUUGGGUGAACAUCAACAGGCCAAGGAGUAUUAUGAACGUGCCCUGUCCAUACAAUUGAAUAAGCUUGGACUCGACCACGUUGACGUCGCAAGGACGUACCAUAACAUGGGUACCCUACAUCACGACUUGGGUGAGCAUCAACGCGCCAAGGAGUAUUAUGAACGUGCCCUGUCCAUACAACAGCUUGGACCCGACCAUGCUGACGUCGCAAGGACAUACCAUACCAUGGGUAACCUACAUAAGGACUUGGGUGACCAUCAACAGGCUAAGGAGUAUUAUGAACGUGCCUUGUCCAUACAACUGAAUAAGCUUGGACCCGACCAUGUUGACGUCGCAAGGACGUACCAUAACAUGGGUAACCUACAUAAGGACUUGGGUGACCAUCAACAGGCCAAGGAGUAUUAUGAACGUGCCUUGUCCAUACGAUUGAAUAAGCUUGGACCCGAGCAUGUUGACGUCGCGAGUACGUACCAUGACAUGGGUAACCUACAUCACGACUUCGGUGAGCAUCAACAGGCCAAGGAGUAUCGUAAACGUGCUUUGUCCAUACAAUUGAAUAAGCUUGGACCCGACCAUGUUUACGUCGCGAGUACGUACCAAAACAUGGGUAACCUACAUAUGAACAUAGGUGAGCAUCAACAGGCCAAGGAGUAUUAUGAACGUGCCUUGUCCAUACAAUUGAAUAAGCUUGGACCCGACCAUGUUGACGUCGCGAGGAUGUACUAUAACAUGGGUAACCUGCAUAAGAACUUGGGUGACCAUCAACAAGCCAAGGAGUAUUAUGAACGUGCCUUGUCCAUUGAUUUGAAUAAGCUUGGACCCGACCAUGUUAACGUCGCGAGUACGUACCAUAACAUGGGUAACCUACAUAAGACCUUGGGUGAACAUCAACAGGCCAAGGAGUAUUAUGAACGUGCCCUGUCCAUACAAUUGAAUAAGCUUGGACUCGACCAUGUUGACGUCGCAAGGACGUACCAUAACAUGGGUACCCUACAUCACGACUUGGGUGAGCAUCAACGGGCCAAGGAGUAUUAUGAACGUGCCCUGUCCAUACAACAGCUUGGACCCCACCAUGCUGACGUCGCAAGGACAUACCAUACCAUGGGUAACCUACAUAAGGACUUGGGUGACCAUCAACAGGCCAAGGAGUAUUAUGAACGUGCCUUGUCCAUACAACUGAAUAAGCUUGGACCCGACCAUGUUGACGUCGCAAGGACGUACCAUAACAUGGGUAACCUACAUAAGGACUUGGGUGACCAUCAACAGGCCAAGGAGUAUUAUGAACGUGCCUUGGCCAUACAAUUGAAUAAGCUUGGACCCGACCAUGUUGACGUCGCGCCUAAGUACCAUAACAUGGGUAACCUACAUAAGGACUUGGGUGACCAUCAACAGGCCAAGGAGUAUUAUGAACGUGCCUUGUCCGUACGAUUGAAUAAGCUUGGACCCGACCAUGUUGACGUCGCGAGUACGUACCAUGACAUGGGUAACCUACAUCACGACUUCGGUGAGCAUCAACAGGCCAAGGAGUAUCAUAAACGUGCUUUGUCCAUACAAUUGAAUAAGCUUGGACCCGACCAUGUUUACGUCACGAGUACGUACCAAAACAUGGGUAACCUACAUAUGAACAUAGGUGAGCAUCAACAGGCCAAGGAGUAUUAUGAACGUGCCUUGUCCAUACAAUUGAAUAAGCUUGGACCCGACCAUGUUGACGUCGCGAGGAUGUACUAUAACAUG